AGGCUCGAAGAGCCGCUGAUACGCAUCGUAUGCACUUAUACGAGUGGGCUAUGAGCUCUAAGCCGCACUCUAAGCUUUCUGGAAACGGUGAAAAGCACGACAAUCCCGACACGUACUACGAACGCUUGAACAUGACACUUCCCGCUUUGGAAUCCUCUCUUCGCAAGCUGACGUCGGUGCACGAGAUACCGAUUAAAUUGCCGGACGCCGUUUCCACCUUGAAGCGAGUCUCGAAACCCGGGGUUCUUCAUCAUCUUUCCGACGAUGCUCGACAAGCGUUCUGGAGCUGCCUGUGCUGGUUGUACACGUCGGGCGUCGCCGAGAACUCGACGGCGGUGCAACAGUGGACUGUCCGGAUUCUGCACAACUGUUUGAGCAACUCUACAAAUCCUGCGGAGGGACGCAUCAUCAGUAGCCCUGUUUUUCUGCCUGAACUGGCCAAGUAUCUGCGAACGCAAGUAGGUCUAGGCAAGCGGCCCAAGAGUGCACUGUGUGCGCUCGUGCUGCUCGCUGCUGAGCGAGCCCUGUGCCAGAAAGGGGUGACUUUGGCUCCUCUUGGGACAGAACUCGUGCAUGUCAUGGCCUCUCUGACGUCCUGUGGCACUGUCGGGGAAACCGAUAGCUCACGGCUAAUCUCUGCCUGUGCCGACUGGAUCAGUUCAGUGCCCGUUGGCCACUCCAGUAUCGUUGGCCUGCUUGAGGAGUGUCCUGCACUUCUGGAAAGGCUCAUUCUGCAGAAGCUGUUAAAGUGCGCCAUGGACCCUAGCCCUGCACCAAAUAGCCCUCUUCCUUCGGAUGUGGCAGAAUGUUUUGCUGACCUGGCAAAGUAUGGCAGCACAUCACCUGCAGUGCACUGCACCACCGCAUCCGUGUUGAUCAAUCUGUAUCACAAGUCGUCGGAGAAUGAACUGGUCCUCGCUGUGAUUAAGACCUACUUACGAAACCUGCACAUCUACGAGAUGGAGGUCUGUUGAAGACACGUGUCUUGGGGUUGGAAUAUUAAUAAAGUUAUUUGGAAGUAUUGA